AAGAUAAACAAAACAAAACAAUGAAAUAAAUAAAUGAUCGUUUGUUGUUUCGCUAUAUGAGGUAUGGAAAUGUUUCCAGUGAUAACGCAAAAAGAAUUCGAAAGAGUGAAAAAGAUUCAUUCUAAAGACUAUUAAAACUACAUCGUAGUGAUCGAACUAUUGAAUUCAUGGUUUGAUGUAGUUUCCAUCCAUCCUAACUUACGUCGGAUUCAGACCCCAUUUUCAUGUAAAAUUUUCGUUUCAACAAAUGUACAAAAGCAGUUUUCAAAGUAGCCGUCUCGUUGAAAGACGCUAUCAGCGAUUGCUUGAAGAUGAGCAGAAAUGUCUUGCAAGGAACAAGAAAUUGCUGGAAGAUAUUGAUAGAUUGGAAGAACAAAUGGAAUAUUUCAGUCAUGAAUGCAAACAUGAUGAAGAAAAAUUGGAUCAUGCCAAGGAUAAAUUCAUGCAGUAUGUGAAAUCAGUUUAUCCAAAAUGGUCAGUAGACCUGAAGAGAUGGCAAGAAUCAAGAAAUAAAAGCAAGAAUCCUAUUGCUCAAUCUGAUCAAAACCGAACAUCACCAAAUCCAGUGUCUGUUCUGCACUCAACACCUCGCAAAAAUCAACUUGGUUCCACUUCUCACAAUCCUCAUACCCUUGAAGAUACUGGAACAAAAUAUAAAGGUUCGUUGAGGUAUCCAAGGGAUACAAAUGGAUCGUACAUGGAUAAAACUGAUCAUGAUAAGGACAAAAUGAGAUAUCCUGAGAAAAGAACCAGUUUUAUGAAUGGGUCCUUAAGGGACCGAACAGAUCUCUCUUGGGAUGAAAUGGGAUUCCGUAAAGGAUACUCGGGGAAUGAUAUGAGAUAUCCCUGGGAUGGAACAAUGGUGUAUCCUCAACAUUCACCCCAUGGCAUGUACUCUCACCCAGUGCACCCAUAUUUUGUACCAAUGCCUGCCUAUGGGAUGCCCAGGUGGAGCACACCUGGUUACCAUGAUCCAUGGUCCACAUCUUAUGCUCAUGGUACAAGUUUUGAAGAUUAUAGUAAAGAUGGCAGACAAGGUGUAUCAUUUGAAAGACAAAAGCAUUCAUAUGAACGAGAUGAGAGACCGCAGGAGCAUGAAACUUUGCAAAGAGAUGUUUUACCAAAUAGUGGAAACAGAGAUUCCUCCAGUCAUUUUUAUGCAGAAAACUUACCUGAUAAUGGAGGAUAUCCUACAGGGCAAUAUAGUGAUAGAAAACAAGAUUUAUUGGGAAGUUCAAUGCGAGAGGUUGACACACAACAGUUGAGUAGAGGUGAGGUGAGGUACAACAGAAGCACAAAUGUUAAAGCUUCACAAGAUCAUAGUGAAGAUGGAAGAAGUCAUGACCAAGAAAAGAUCAACAGACAAGCACCAAGAAAAGAGAUAAAAGAUGGCCUCAGCCAACAUUCUGAUGUAAAUAAUGAAAAAUACAUGCAAAAGAAAAACAAUCCUGAGCAAGAUGGAAAUUUUAAUGAAGAACUGACGAAUCAUAGAACAAUGAACUCUGGGGACUUUGAUAAGCAACAUCAGAUGAGAGGAAGAGAAUAUUUUGUAGAACCUGUACAAGAUGCUAGGUUGAUGCAACUGAGAGGUGAAGGGAGUGAGUUUGAAGGUGGAGAAGUGAUAAAUACAGACUCCAUUAGUUUGCCAACAAUACAUCAAUAUGAAGGAGAUCCUGGUGAAAUAUUUAGUGACAUUUCAAGUAGCGAGCCUGCGAAUCAAGAUGAUAGCAGACGGGUUGAGAGCAAGCAUUCUGAAGUUGGUGGUAAUUUAAACAACCAGCCACCCAGUAGUAAGGUUGAGAUUGAGCAGCAUUCUGACAGAGAUUAUGAUGGACAAGUCAAGCAUGGCCCUGGUCUUAUUGGUGAUGAUCGAGGCCAAGAGAAAAAUGAUGAAAUUAAGUCAAAUGUUUCUGCAAAAAAUAAGGUUCAUAAGGAUGGAGGUGACAAGCGGCUGCUAACAUCAGAGGUGUCUGAGAGUAAAACUAGCGUAGUGGAGGAUUUGAUUGGAGAUGAUGUGAGUGAUUUUGAAGUUAGCGAUGAUAGUGAACAUUCUGAGGUUGGUUUUGAAAACAAUGCACCUGUUGCUUUAGCAUCAGGAAAUGUGGAAGGAGAAACAACAGGUUUGGUAGGGCAUAAGAUUGAGGACAUUUGUGAUCAGAAUGCAAAUGAGAAGAAAGCAAAGCAAACUGGUGUGAUGCCUGAAAGCAUGAAUGAAGGUGAAUAUUCCAGUUUUCCAAAUGAUGCCCUUGCUGGUUAUGAAGAAACAGAAACAAGAAUUGAAGACAAGGCUCCAGAGAAAGAUGUUGCUGGGAAUACAGCAAUAGCAACAAAUAAUCUGUCAAACAAAAGUGCAAAGCAACAAAAUGAAGUGGCAGGAAGUGUAGUAGCACCUUUAAGAAAUGAAACAGAGAAUUUGAAGGAGGAUGAGGUGCCAACGGAAACUAGCGAAGACAGACUUCAUGAACAAAAUGUUGAUGUUGAUGGUUUUAGUCGUGAAAAUGAGCCAACUCACCCUAGUGAAGAAUUCAUUGAAGAAGAGUUAGAAAAGACUCAUGACGAUGUUUCUAUUGGUCAAAGCAAGAUUGUUGAGGAUGAUCAUGAGGAUGAAGAGAUUACAAAUGACAGCAAGAGAGAGUCAAAAGAGUCUGGAGUAGCUGCAUUGGUGAAUGAAAAGGGAGAAGAUAAUGUUAAGAAAAGUCAUAGAAAGUUCCUCAGUGGAGAUGAAAAGUCUAAAAGUGGUGUUUUAGAAGAGCUCUCGCUGUCUUCAGUGGAGUCCAGUUCAGAAUCUUCACCAGUGCAAAGGAACAACGCAAGCAAGAAGAAAGUGGUAGACAGCAACAUAUCAUAUAGUGAAGACUUUGAGGAAAAAAGUAUUUCACUCACACAAAGUGCUGUGUAUCAGAAAAUGUUGAGUACAGUUCAUGUUAGUGAUGAAGGAGAAGACUUUGAGGAGGAAUUUCUUGAAGGUACAAUGUCCGAGGCAAACACAACAGCUCAAAGUACACACAACCCAGAACAGACUUUACCAGAUGCUAGGACAUCCCAAGCAAAGCUUCCAGCUAAGUCAUCAAGACCAACAUUGAGCUUAUUCAACAGUGCAGAAAGGGAUGAUUUUGGGAGCAGUUUUGGCAAGGAGGAAGCAGGACUCUCUGCAUCAUGGCAGUCAAGUGAUGGAACAUUAUCUCCACCGCUUUCUCCUGAUACACAGGGUUACGUCCCUAGUGUGGCAGUGGGGGGAAAGAUGGGGAACAAGCAGAAAGAGGAGAGAGGGUCAGUUCCCCCGGUGGGUAAAACCACAGAUGGAAACACAGAAAAAGAGAAGAUUGAACCGAAGCCACAAGAUUCUAAUACCAAGGCUCGCAUUCAAGCAGGUUUCUGGAAUCAAUCGGACAGCGAGUCUGAAGUGGAUUUACAGGUCAGUCAUGGGGGACAGAAUAAUGAUGCCAAUGAUGAUGAUGACUUUGAUUUUUACAGUUGAACUAUUCAAAAGAAAUAAUAACAGUGAUAUAAUCAAGUUAAGAAGUUGAGAAUAUUCUCAGACAGACUUUCUCAAGGUAGAUCAAAGAAACUAUAUCCCAAUUAAGAGGCAGCUUCUAAAAUCAUUACCCACUCCGAACAAUAGAGGAC